AUGACUUGCGACGAGUGGAACAAGUUUAUUCAAGUAAACAUUUAUGGACACACGCUUCAAGGGCUACAACAACAAGGAGUGGCUCUCGAAGCCGUUUUGUGUUUUGUUCGAAUUUUUAGAACGAUCUCGGCUGUUCAAAACUAUGGAUUGUGGAAGGAUCAAUGUACAAAGGAGAAUCAUUUGAUAAUUCCACUAUUGAGUCCGGAAUCCGAUAUCACUGUCCCAGUGCUUAGCACAACUUUCGCCGAUGUGAAAUGUCCACGCUUCUCGACUCCGGCGGUUUCGCAAAACGAUUUGCAGCGAAAAUUCACAUUGAAUUUGCCUGUAAAGUUAUCGGAGAUCAAUUCCAGUUUUGAGGAUGACGGUUUACUGGAUGAUAGAGAAGAAAAUGAUGGUGUUGUUGUACAAUUGCUCAGCGAGCUCGUGGAAAAAGCAACGGAGGAAUUUAAAGAAUCCUUUGUUCCCGCGAAUCCUUUGUUCAGCACCACAAUCGUCAAAACUGAUCUACAUCGAUUCUCGACUCCGAUUGUCCCUGAUUUCAAUUCAGGCGCCCAUUUCACUCUCAACAUGCCAGAUAUUCUCUCCGAAAUCGAAUCAAGCGAUGAAGACGAGCCUUUCCUAGAAGAACCUGCUCAGUUUUGCGCUCCAAUUCUUCGUUCUCGCACGAAAUCUAUGUUGCCGGCACCACCACAGUCACAGAAGACGUGCCGAAAACGAAAUUCAGCGAAUCCCAAGUUAGCGCACACCUCAACAACCGCUCCGAAACAGCGAAAAGUUCUGAAGAAGUCGGCAUCAAUGGUGUUGAAUUCAAAUAAGGUCGAGCUCAAACAGAAGAAAGUUUCGGUCAUUCCAGUUAUAAAAACGGAAAAUUCUGAGGAAUUCCCAUCGAUGACCGAAUUCUUGAGUGCUUCUGAAGCAACCUAUACAUCGGCGAAUACCGCUCCAAACAAUUCUCCGCCACCUCAAACACUGGUUCGCGAGCUGUCCGAGCUAGUUUAUCAUGAUAUGCAAGUGAUGGAAAACGACGGUGACAUGGAGAGCUGGCCAGUAGAACCAAAUUAUCCGGAAGUUGAUUUUGAUGAUUUUGGUGAAGCACGAGAGGAAGAUACAGUGCUGAUUGAUCAUCAGGAAGAGAUUGGAAGAUUGGAAGAGGAAUCAGAUGAGGAGACUGAGCAGAAGGACCCACCGGCGAAUCAGGCUACGAUAAAGAAAGUGUCGUUCGCGGAGCCUUUAAUUCAAAGCGCUAAGAAGGCCGAAAUGAAUAAAAUUCAAAUUGUUAAGUGCCAUUUCAAGGUUACCUUCUACCUGAAAGCGUUAAAAAGUCAAUACUGCUUUCAGGACUGUAAGAAAUCGUACACUUGGCGCAAAAAGUACGGAAAGGCGCGUCUAGUCGAUCAUGCUAUCAGUCACGUCCCGGAUCUUCUGAUGAAGUGUGACCUUUGUGAUUAUACAUGCAAAGGAAUCCGUCAGAUUCGCUAUCAUCACAAAAGAAGCCAUCCUGAUGUUCCAUUUCAGAGGUUGGGUAUCAAAAGAGUAAUGAGCACCUCGGAAAAAGAUACGGAUUUCGCCAAAGUUUGGGAUAUGUGCUAUAAGAAAAAUAUAGCGUUUGCCGAAAAUGGUGGAAUGAGUCCGUUUGCUAGAAAUGACAAAGGAAUUAGCCGUCGAGUGGCUGCUCAAAGAAAUAAAACAACUCAAAAUCCCGAUGAUGAGGAAGAAGAAAAAGAGGAAGCGCAAUUUUAG